CCAACUCAGUCUCCAUGUCAGUCACAUUCCACACUACGCACGGAGACAUCAAAGUCGAGAUCUUCUGCGAGGCAGUCCCCAAGGCUGCUGAGAACUUCCUCGCACUAUGCGCCUCGGGCUACUACGAUAAUUGCCUCUGGCACCGGAACAUCAAAGGCUUCAUGAUCCAGACGGGCGAUCCAUCAGGUUCUGGUAAAGGCGGUCAGAGCAUCUGGGGCAAGCCCUUCCCGGACGAAGUCCGAACCACUCUUAAGUUCAACAACCGCGGUAUCCUGGCCAUGGCGAACUCGGGCCCCGACACGAACAAGUCCCAGUUCUUCAUAACAUACGCUAAGCAGCCCCAUCUUGAUGGCAAGUACACCAUCUUUGGCAAGGUGAUCGACGGUGCAGACACCACCCUGGAUGCCAUGGAAAGGGUGCCUGUGAACCCGAAGAACAGGCCGCUCAGCGAGAUACGUACAUCUCACGUAACAAUCCACGCAAAUCCCAUCGCGGAUACAGAGCUAGCAGGCCGGUGAUAACUCCCACACCCGAGCCAACCAUGAUAUGUUAAUCUCCAACGCGCGAGCCCGUCCGCCGCACAUCGCGGGCGUGCCCUCCGGAGGCUUCGUGGCGUCUGCGGCGCGCAAGGUUUGUUGUCGGAGCGUGCCUGGCCCUGCGCUCACACGCGC